AAAUUUGGUCGAUACGUUUCACCGGCGCUAUGACUGAGAUAGUUUUUCUAGUCUGCGUGUCGUUCGGUUUAAUGAACGGUCAGGUUUUCGCCAGUAACCCGGAGGGACGAUUAUGGCUGUCGAGCACCCUCGGGACGCAUCGGACAUUGCAGACCGAGAACCACACAGAUUCCCAAAGGGCAGUUCCGGUCUCGCGAGGGUCUUCGUGGUGGACCGACUUCCCCGUUCUGCCGUUCGUAUUCGCUAAUUCGAACAGGAUCCCGGAGGGUCCUUGCAGGAAGCAGGUGCAACGGUACCUCAAGGAACUCGCCAAUUCCACGCUGUGGGCCGUCCAGAUGUUCGACGCCUCAACGAAGUAUCCAGAUGGCCUGCUACACGGUCAUACAAAACAUUUGGGAAGCUUUGACCAAUGCUACAACUUGCGGGCGGAACUUCCUCCGGAUGAAUUCUCUGACAGCGAAGAGCCCGACGAGGUCGAGGGUCGUUACUGUUUGGUCCGCUUGCGUUACCGGCGGAAAGACGUGGUGCCUGAACGCCCGCGACUCUUCACCCUCGACUUCGACCCAAAUCUAUCCGCCUGGGACGCGGUUGACUACAGGGGAGACUUCCGCCGUGUGAAACGACACUCCGUGUACUUGUCGCUUUGCGUUCCGGCAAGCUGCAGCUCUGAAGAUGUUACGGCGGCGUUGACGGAGCCUCUGCAGGAGUUGGCGAACGCCCGGCAAAUACACGUGGAUAUCACGGUGAAGCCUUCGCUUUGCCAAGCACGUGGCGACGUCCGUCAAGACUUCACCGUCGGGUUGAAGGUUUUUCUCUUCAUCGUCGCGGCACUCUUCGUCCUCGUGGUAGCGAGCUCGUGCUACGACAGCAGCGUCUAUUCUCCGGAGGAAGCGGCCAAGGACAACGUACCCGGAAGCUUUUUCCUCUGCUUUUCCGCACGGCGUAACUUGCGCUCAAUUUUUGUCACUAGGAGUUCACACCCUGGUCUCGAUUGCAUUCAUUUGAUCCGGUUUUUUUUCACGACAUGCACAAUUUUCGGUCACAGAUUAAUGCAGUACUACGGCUACCCGCUCGUGGAGUCAACGUACCCCGAAAAGUUCUACACCGUGCCUAUUUCGAUGAUGAUGUUCAACGGACCGAUUAUCAUUGACGGAUUUUUCGGUAUCGGGGGUCUUCUUCUGGCUUACGACGUGCUUCGCAAUCUUGAUCGGAGUAAGCGGUUGAAUUUUACCGCUUUCAUACUCAAUAGAUUUCUACGGUUGACACCCCUCUACAUGCUGGUCGUCUUAUUCUAUGCUACCCUGAUGCCGAUGAUGGGAUCCGGUCCGUACUGGGAAGCCAGGGUGGGUUUCGAUAGAGAUAAUUGCGCGAAAAACUGGUGGACUAAUCUUUUAUACAUAAACAACUACGUGCGUCCCAAUGAGAUGUGUAUGUUUCAAUCCUGGUAUUUAACGGUGGAUUACCACCUUUACAUCAUUGGACUCUUUGUCUUAUGGGCCUAUUGGCAACUUCCAAGACGACUCGGCUACCCGUUCCUCUGUAGUUUGAUCGCAUUGGGCACUGCCAUUCCCAUCGUCAUUACCUAUGUUGAGGACCAGCAGCCAACAUUCCUGGCAUUGCUUUACUUGGAGGAUCCGAGAAAAAAUACGUAUUUUCUCAAUUACUAUAACAAAUCACAUAUGAGAAUCAGUCCCUACAUGGUUGGCGUUUUGGCCGGGGCAAUUGUCUACAACCAUAAAGACGCAACGUGGAGACUCCCCAAGGCUUGGUCACGAAGUCUUUUCAUUAUACUGGCAGUCGGAUUCACUAUUAUCAGCGAAUUUUUGGCUGCCAAGUAUUACGACCCGAAUAGCGAGCUGCAUCCACUUGAGACUGCCGCGUACGCUGGCUUCCAUAGAGCAGCGUUUGCUGUGGGAACAUGCUCGAUCGUUGUUCUAAUAACAAUUGGCGAUGGUUUGGAAUUUCAUUACAACUUUAUGACACCACGCUGGAUCCAACCCCUUGCAAGACUCACUUACGGUGCUUAUCUUGUCCAUAAUAUUAAGCAAGCCUAUGACAUCGGUGCUACUAGAAGCCCCCGAGUAUUUUCCAUCUACAACGCACUCUGUGACUUCGUGCCUGACGUGAUCUACACUUUCGGUAUAUCCCUGCUGCUGUCGGUUGUUGUUGAAGGGCCGAUACGAAAGAUUGAGAAGUUUAUACUCACGAAUCGACCGAAAGCAUGUCCCGCGGAAGCAUCGAAAUCCAACGGCGUCAAAAAGAGCAACUGAGAAUUAUCAAAGGGUUGGUUAUCAUGGGGAUUGCCGCUUCGUACUUUGUACAAUAUAUUUAUAGAUAAACUCGUGGUUCGUCCAUCUAUAUUGUAGGACGAACACUUGUAUAGACUCUGGUUUGUAAUUCCGCAUCACCUUAUUCUUGUACGUAAAAUAAUUCACCUCGAUCACCACAGGAUUCUUAUGUUAUACAAGCGACACGCUCUAGUGCUAUACCUUGCGAUACAUGUAUACCUACAGGAUUUGGGGUAACCCAGAACGAGGAUGUGAAAUAAAAUUUCAUAAAGAGCUAAGUGGAUGAUAGUCAGUCAACAUCGGAAAGGUCAACUUAUAUAUCGCCUCAAAUAAAUUCCUGUUUUGUGUUUGAUUAAUGCACGCGGAA